AUGUCCGCCCUGUACAACCUCGAGCCCCAACCCACCGCCUCUUGCAUCCUGCACACCACCUCCGGCGACAUCUCCCUCGAGCUCUGGGCGCAACAAAUCCCCCUCACCACCCGCAACUUCCUCCAACACUGCCUGGACGGCUACUACGAUAACACCAUCUUCCACCGCCUGGUCCCGGGCUUCAUCCUCCAAGGUGGUGACCCUACCGGUACCGGCUCAGGCGGCGAAAGCAUCUACGAUGGCGGCGCCUUCUCCGAGUCCCGUGAAGAAAAUGGCAUUUGGCCCAUGGAAGAUAGAAAGGGCGCGAACGCGGGCCACCAAGGUGUAGGCUUCAAAGAUGAGUUUCACUCCCGGAUCAAAUACAACCGAAGAGGGCUGCUGGGGAUGGCGAACGAAGGUCCGGACUCGAAUGGGAGUCAGUUCUUUUUGACACUCGGCGAUACCCCGGAGUUGCAGGGCAAGAAUACGUUAUUUGGGCGGGUAGAGGGAGAGACGAUUUACAAUGUGGCCAGGAUGGGAGAGGCGGAGGUCGGAGCGGAUGACAGGCCUCUCUAUCCUACGAAGAUUACGAGUGUGGAGGUACUGGUCAACCCGUUUAAGGAUAUGGUCAGGAGGGCGAGGACGGCGACUGUGGUUGAGCAGCCGAAGACAGUAGAGAAAAAGAAGAAGAGGAAAGUGGGAAAGCAGCUGCUGAGUUUUGGGGAUGAAGAUGGGGAAGGGGAGGUACAGCCUGUGGUUAAGAAGGCUAAGUUUGACACGAGGAUUGUGAUGGAUAAUGAGGAUGAGACUCCGGAGCCGAAACAGAAGAAGAGUGAGAAGAAGAGUGAGAAGCCGUCUACGAAACCUAUUCCCGUCGACUCCUCACCGGAACCAAUACUUCCUCCAAAGACCCUCCCAAACAGGGCUGCAAAGGUAGAACGAGAUGUUUCCUCUUCGCCAGAACCCGUACAGAAAGUGUCAACUUUACUUGAGAGAACGAAUGCUCAAAUCGCAGAGUUGAAAGCGUCGAUGAAACGAAACGUCACAACAAUUCCAGUGCAGGAGAAGAAGAAAUCAACCCUUGAAUCAAUGAUACCCAAAACCUCUGUCCGGGCCCGGAAACGUCGUCCAGGAGAAAGUCUUCCCCCAGACCAGAGUACACUAGCCCUCCUCAAAGCUUUCCAAUCGAAGCUUCAAAAUGCACCUCCGGCGAAAGAGGUCGCCAAACCGGAUCUAGAUGCCGAGAACGCGGAAAACGAGGCUGGAGGAGCAUCAGACGAAGAGGCUGCUCUCUGUGAGUUGCAUUUUAUUGCAAAUUGUCAGUCUUGCAAGAAAUGGGAUGCAGAGGACGAAAAAGCAGACGAUGAUGACGAUGACGGGGUGGGAUGGAUGUCGCACGCUUUAUCAUUCAAGGAGGAUAAGCUGGGUAAGGACUUGAGCUACAGGAAGAAAGCUGAAGACGAGCUGGUGGUCAUCGAUCCGAGGGAGAAAGCUAAGACACUGAAGGAGGAGAAGAAGGCGCAGAGGGAGGCAAAGGCUGGGGGGUCUGGGAGGUCGUGGGAUCAAGCCAGGAAUGAGAAGUUGGCUAGGACGUCUGCUUUGGCUGGGAGGGGAGCGAAUCUCUACAGACCAGACAAUGAAGAGGUUUAUAACUACAAGUCAAGUCAACCCAAUCCAUACUCGCCCAUCAACAACACCACCAUCGCCCUCUCUUCGUCACACCCACCAGAUAUCACCCACCAGCCAACAUCUACUAUCAGCACCCACUGUGCCGUCUACUACAUCCCAAAACCUACCUCAACCCGCCGCCCAUCAGAUAUCACCCCCCAGCCAACUAUCACCACCACCACCCAUGCCGUCAACCACAUCCCAGACCCCACCUCAACCCGCUGCCGCCUCCAAAAAAUCAGAAAAACUUCGAGUUGGCCUCGCGCGCUUACUCGCCGCCUCGCGAGCCGAGGACCGAGCUACACUGCUGGACUUCAUCACCAGCUGUCAAACGGCCGUGUGUGUCACGUUCAGGACGCUGCGAUGUUAUUCCGCGAGGCGAGCAUGAGGGAGCGAAGCGAUUUUGCAAGAUGGUCGCUAGUAUUGAUGGAGCUGCUUCGGGAGAAGGGGCUUAUUGGUUGA